GAAAUAGCUCAUCUUAUGCACAAUAAGUAUCCAGAUAGGGACUCUGCUCCUGUUGAAUCACAGGAGAGGCCUUUUCCUCACCGCCAGCAGCAACAGGCAAGCAUCAAGCAGCAGCUUGUCAAUGUGCUGCAGGAGCUGGAGCUGCACAAUUGUGUGUGGGAGGAGAGAGGGGAGAAGGUGGAGGAGCGGCAGAAGAGCUGGGAGCAAAAGGAGCAAAAGCAAAGCCAGAGUCCGACUCAGAGUCAAGAGGCCAAGAAAGUGGCUGUGGUGAACUGGUGGAAAGCACGCAGCUUAAAGGGGUCUAAGACCCAGACAAUUGAAAUCCAGCCAGUCCAGGAGCUCUCCGAAACACAAGCCAAGCUUCAGAAGGCAGAGCAGACUAUCACUGAUAUGAGGGAGCAGGUCCUGCAUCUGCAAACCUCUCUACGAUCUGCUCAGGAGUGUGUUGCUGAAAAAGUUGCAAUCAGAGAUCUUUAUAUUGAAAAGGCAACCAACACUGAGAAAGAAGAACCAGAAGUUGCUGUGGUGGAGAAGGUUGUGAAGGAUCAGAGGGAUGCAGCAGUGGCCACAGACAUUUCAUGUGGAGCAGUCUCUGAGCAAGAGCAGACCCAGCCACGGGUGAGCGCAGACAGCCUUCUGGUGACCCUCCGGAGAAUGGAGGCGAUGGUGAACAGCGCCCUGGAGACGGCCGAGCUAGUGAGAGAGAGCGAGCAGAGGGUGAGCCAGGUGAGGCUGAGGAUGGAGAGCAUCACCCAGAGGGUGGAGGAGGCUCUGGGACGAGCAGCCGAUACUGACCAGCAGCUCAACUUUAUGGAGGCCAGGAUCACAGAAAACACUCCAACUGAGUCUCCAGGCCCCGCUCUGCAGGCUGAUCCUGGAACAGACACAGCAGGCUUUAUGGAUGAGUCCCAUGUGGAGCCUGAAGACGGACACCAAACCCUGAGUCCUCCUCCAUCUCCUCUUCCCCCAGAAGUCAGCAGCAAGCCCCCACAGCUUCCCAUGAAUGCAGGUGACUCGGGACGAGGGAGCUGCAGCAAGGUCCAGGAAGAGGAGAAAAACUUGCUGCUGGAAUCUCCUUUUGAACAAAGCUGUCAGUCUGUUAAAGAGCCCUGUGACGUCCCCUGUGCUGCUGAAGAACCUUUUGUUUUCCCUCACACCCGUUCACGCCCCUCGCUGCCCCCCAGCAUGCCAACACUGCCUGAGGAAGAGGAGGACUCACCCGAGGAGCUGGACAGUUCCUCCAGCUCUCCCAGUACAUCUAACCCGGGUGAAAAUCGACCUGUCACCAUGACUGCCCCCACUAUUGUCUACCCGCAGCAGGCCACUAUAGUCCAGCCAGAUGGAGGUCCACUAGAGCUGUCCAGACCACACAGUCCAAGAGCUCGCCUGGCAAGAAAAUCGUCUGCUGGACCCAUCACCACUGUUGACAGCACAGGUAAUGUGAUCGACUUGGUGAAAGAUCCGCUACCUGAGCUGCAGCUCUCUGAGGAAGAUCGACAGAAGAACCUGGACCUGCUCGAGCAGGCCAAGAAGGUCAGCGACCGCUUCCUGACUCGCCGUGGCCGCCGCUCCACCGGCAGCCUCUCAGAAUCCCCCACAGCUCUUUCUCCAACUCCAACCCCGUCGUCCUCACCAUGUCAAUCUAGAAGCAGCUCACUGACUGUGGCUCCUCAACCAGAGGCGACCCAUGUCAACUCACAGUCAGCUGGGCAGCACCUUGGGGUGCCUCCAGGGCGAGAACAGCAUGACUUUACAUCACAGGAUAAAGAGUUUCAGGGAAACAGACUGUUGAUGGACUGGAAGCCAGCUGAGAAGCGGAAAGUGUCCUCUGGGACUCUAACGCCCCGUUUUGCUGUUCAGAAGGAGAACUGUGAUCCUUCUCUACCUAAGAGUCCUUCAGCUUUUAGUAAAGCAGACGAAGGAGCUGGUCCAGGGCUUAACCUCAACCAGGCCCCAGCCACAGGGGUGGCCAAGCCCGUCCCUCGACCCCCUACUCAACUGGCCCCCUGUACAGCAGAGAUCAAGACAAUUGGGGCAUUCCCUCCUCUAAUGAGGGCUGUUUCCUGGGAUGCUGUAGGCAGCCUUAACUCUAGAAAUGGAGCCCCAAGUUUUCCUCCGACAUUGGAGGAAACCUUCUUGGAAAAGCCCAGGGAAGCUGUGUUUAAGUCAUCAGGGUACAAGGACCUCCCCAGCCAGUCCGGGAGUGUACAUAAACUCUCUAAACUCAAAGAGGAGCACAAGCUGAUGCGUACCCCAAGCAUUCUGGGAUCAAAGUUACCAGACUUGAGUGAGGCUGCUGAACAGGAAAAAGCAGGUCCUUCAUCUUCAACAAACUCAGAGGAAGCAAAACAGAAGUCUGAAGCCAUGCCAAACAUUUCUGAUGUGAUGCUGAGAAAACUCAAACUUCACCGAGGUCUACCAGGCUGUGCACCCCCACUCACUGAAAAAGAAGUCGAGAAUGCAUUCGUGCAGCUGUCUCUGGCAUUCCGUAAUGACAACUACACCCUGGAGAUGCGGCUCAAACAGGCAGAGAGGGAGAGGAACCUGACUGAGGAAGACACGGAGAAAGAGCUCGAGGAGUUCAAAGGAGCCCUGAAGAUUACUGCGCCACAGUGGCAGAACCUGGAGCAGCGUGAGUCGUACCAGCGCCUCAUAGAGACUCUGACCGUGCUGCAUCGACUGGCCACACGGCUCUCCAGCAGAGCAGAGAUAGUUGGAGCAGUCCGACAGGAGAAACGUAUGAACAAGGCCACUGAGGUCAUGAUGCAGUAUGUAGAAAACCUGAAGAGGACAUAUGAGAAGGACCACGCAGAGUUGACGGAGUUUAAGAAGCUGGCCAACCAGAACUCAACUCGCUGUUAUGGAGGAUCUGUAGACACAGGAGAUGAUGGCGUUCCACGGCCGUCAAGAUCAAUGUCACUCACACUUGGAAAGGCAUUGCCCAGGCGUAGGGUGAGCGUAGCUGUGGUGCCUAAGUUUAACCUCCUGAACAUCCCAGGUCAGACCCCGGCCAUAGCCGGCCCGGGCCCCAUCACAGGACCAAACAUAGGACCAAACGCAGGACCAAACGCAGGACCAAUCACAGGACCAAACAUAGGACCCACAGCUGGUGCUGCUCUUCCUGUCCUGUGUGAAGCAAGUGAUGUGAAAGGCACUACUCCAACAGCGGCAGCACAACCUGCAGUAGAAAGUGGAAAGAGUGUGUCGGAGCAGGAAAGUGAGCCAGCCAAACCUGCAGUCAACUUAGAGGAGAUCAGAGCCGAGAUCAGAGCUGAGCUAAAGGCUAAGAUCGAGGAGGAGUCAUAUAAUAAAGGCUACCAAGAGGGACUGAAGCAAAGUAAAGUGCUACAGGAGGAGAAAGGUGAAGAAGAAAACCCUGCAGAGAAAUUGCUGGAUAUGAAAAAUAAGGAUGAAGAGAGUGGGAAGAAGAUAAAGACGAGCAGGAGGAUGCAGGAAGUCAUAUUUCUUCUUGGACGGGUUUGUCCGAAGAUUCCAGUGAGUCGGAGGCUUCUCUGGAUCGCCCUCACGCUGUUCGUGGUGAUGUGUCUGGUUAUCAGUAUUUUUACCUUCUUCAGCGACAAAUACAGCAGACGUGAGGACACGUAAGCGAAUGAGGAGUUUGUGCGAGGGGAGAGAUGAAGACGUUUGGACUGAAGUGUAAAACCUCAAAAAACCACAAUAACAGAGACAACAGGAACCACCUGUCUGUCAGUUUACCAGAUCGCCACCCUCGGACUGACUUGAAUCUGUGACCCCGACUCUUCAGGGUUGAAGACUUUCUUUGGAGGUUUUAUGAAAUGUUGCCUUUGUAAGUUUAACAGCAAUAAUGAUGAUGAUGAUGAUGAUGAUGAUGAUCUUGUUUGAACAGGAACAUUUGAAGAUUGUUUGCUACAGCUUGGAAAAAAAACCCAUUUUUGUUUAGGGACCAAAACUUUCCAUUUAAAACCACAAUAGAAACGUGUAUUUUAAUCUGCACUCGAUUGUGAAAAUAUAAUCUCUCAGGUCCAAUAGAAGCUAAAGCCUAACUAAAGAUACUGAAGUCAUAUUUAAAGAUAUAGAAAAUAAAUGUGUCAUUUCUAUCAUGUGUAUUUAUAUAUUUUAAAAUAUAGCACAUUCCAAAGUAGUGCAAUAUUUUGCAGUCGAUGGUUGUAGUUUGUGUUAUUUUGGAUUGUGUCUUCAGAGCACUGAGAGAUUUUCUGUAUGAAUGAGAGCACUGUUAAAAUGGCCUUUUUUAAACCUUCUAAGCACGUGUGCAUGUGUGCCUUCCUGUGUUAUUUGUUCUCUGUAGAUUGUAUGCUCUGCCACUUCACCUUUUAAUAAAGGUGCCUGAAAACA